AUGUCCACCACUCAUACUUACAAAGUGGUUGGCGACUUGGCCCUGUCCGUAGACAUCACAAAACCGCCCAACUUCUCCCAAGAUGACCCUCUCGUCCUCCAUUUCCACGGAGGGUACCUGAUGAUAGGCGAAAAGUCAAGCUUCCCUCCAUAUUGGUUGAUCAACGCGUGUCGCCAUCGGAACUGGGCUUAUGCGACUGCCUCUUACCGUCUGUUACCAGAAGCAUCUGGAUUAGAUAUGCUAUCUGAUUCCCGUGACGUUACCCAAUGGAUCUAUGAUAAUAUCACGACGAACAUAAUCAUCGCUGGGUCUAGUGCAGGGGGGUAUCUUGCGUUUGCAACUGCUGCACUACCGGAAUCGCCACCGAUCCGAUCUCUGCUUACUGUCUGUGGUGGGUUCGACUUCUCCCGCCCCAAAUGGAUCCAACCACAGGGUCGACCUGAAGAUAUUGCGGAGACGAUCGAUGCCUUGAAUGCAGCAAUUUACAAUGGCCACCCUGUUGAUUCCCAUCCGAUCCCGAUAGACCAUGCUGCUGCUGCCCAGGACAAGCGAAUCCAAUUGAUCAAACCAUUCCUGGCCGCUGCAAAAUUCCCGGAAGCCUUGCUUCAUAUUCCUGAUAUUGGCUUGAAGAUCAUUUCCCAAGGGUUGGAUACAAUCCCUGUGUCUCACCGAGCUCUUUUCCCUCUCGCUUUCGGUGUGACCGACAAGUUUCCGCCUACUGUCCUCAUCCACGGUGACCAGGAUGUGAUGGUCGAAUUUGAGGAGAGCACAAGCGCAGCAGAAAAGCUCAAGGAGGUUGGAGUGAAAUUUAUUCUGGAGCGUGCCGAAGGGUGUGGUCACGGAUUCGAUGUCCAAGGGCCAAUUGAUCUUGACGCUGUUGGGUCUGAUGAACCAAUGUUUUAUGUGAAUCUUCGGCGUGGUAUUGAAUUCCUAGAGCAGAUGGUGGCAUGA